AUGUUAUUACAGCUUUCUUUGGGCACUUUAGCUCCAGGGGGUGGGGAGGGGAGAGACCCAACUGCUAUUCAAGAACUAUUCCAGGACUUGGGCAUAUUUUCACUGCUGUGUAGCAGUUUUAAUAAAACAUCUGUUCUUGCUUCUGCUGAUGAGAUGGUACAAUUGCUUGCAGACUAAAUUGUAUAGAAAGAGACCUACGCAUUUUGCUAUAUAGGUUUGCAGGAAAGGUGGGAAGGAAGAGCUACCGCCUUUGAUUUAAAUGCAUUCUAGACGCCUACAGACAGAGACACACGGAGACCAAGACCCCCCUGUAAAAUUUCUGGCCAGUAAAGUUCUAACUUGCACUAAAAUACGUGGCUGACAAAAUGUGAGUUUUUGGAAUCUUGAACUUUUGUGUGUGUGUUUGCGCGUGCUCUGUACUGUGUACAUGUGUGCAUUUUAGCAUUUUAGCAUUUCCUAAGCCGUCCAACCAAAUGUUAAGGAAGGGUUUUGUGACAAAUUUCUUUGUGCCAGCUGUUUUCUCAUCCUCAUAACACAACCAAACUUUGAGGUUUUCUCUUCUGUUUAGAAAAGUAAUAAACACAAAUCCCUUUAUCCUUUCCCAGGUCUUUCUAAAACAGCUCUUUAGGACCUAUAUAGCCCACUAUACACUCCCUCCCUUCCUCCAACCAUAAACCUUUUUACAUCACAUAAUCUCAGCUCUUUCAACCAAGAUUAGGAGUAUUACAACGUUUUUUUUUAAAGCCCCCCCCCCCCCCUUUUUAAAAAAAGUAGUGCUUGCUUACCAGGAAAAAAAAAAUUAAGGGAGGACGGAGAGUUAUGGAGGCUUUGUGACUUUUAAUGGAUUCCUGAUUUAUACUAGAGCAUUUUCUUUUAAAGGACCACCAUUCUAAAUAUAAAUAUAAAUUCACUCACUGAAGAGUCUUCACAGGAGAACUCUUAUUAAAGAGGAAGUGGGAAGGGAGUUACUUCUGUCAAUUCAGGGGGUUGGGUGCCUAGAACACUGAUUUAGUUUACAGGCCAUCUCGGAGCUUUUCAAAUAAUCCUGGAUUGAAAUCAAUUUCACUAAAUGCCUUCAGAUUAUGGGUUUACCCAUCCUCCUCCAUGCGUGCCCAUAUAAAAUGCUUUGCAAUGCACACCUCCUAGGAGGUGGGUGGGUCUAGGAAGAGGGUCAUCUUGGCCCUUCUUCCUUCCUUCCUGCCUUCCCUCCCCUCAACCCCCCCUUUUUUUUUAAAGAAUACAUCCUAGUCUGUAAUGUAAAGUUUGGGGGGGGGCACUAUUGCAAGGUGGGAAAAGUGGGGAAAAAAUGUAUUGGGCAUCUUUAGGCUUCCUGCCCAUUAAACCAAUCCCCCCCCCUUUUUUUAAAGCUUUCCACGGCUUUAUAUAAGAAGUGUAUUAUUAUUUUUUAAAAAAUUGCUAGCCCUUCAGAAACGCCUAAAUGCUGGACACGAUGAAUACUUCUUCUGCCUUCUUCUUCUUCUUCUUUUUUUUUUUGGUCUGUUGUGGUCCGGUUUAUGGCUUUACUACUGCCUCUGAUUACUUUGCUUUGUUGAACAGAGGAAAAAGACCAUAAACGCUUUUGGCAUCCGUUGGCAUCCGGGUUCCUGUUGGAGCCGAGGGGUGCUCACAGGAGGAGGGAUUUGCUUCUUUCUCAGCCCACCAAGGAGAGUUACUUCAUCCCAACAAGGGAUGUUCAAAGUACUGGCUUGCUGGGGGAGGGGGGGGAAGCAAACAUAAAGAUAUUCAAUCGGAGGUGGGUCUGGUUUCCUUUUAUGGACCCUUCCAUAUAUUAUUAUGAUUCUCCCUUUAAUGCAGCUAAACAAAAGCCACGGAAAUCAAGCCCAGGUUUCCUAGCCCUAAUUGAAUUUUGAAAGAGCAAACCAAUAGCAGGAGGACGGAGCCUUGCUUCGUUUACACAUCAGCAGGUAUAUUUUACAUUUAAGGGGCAAUUUAUGGCCCUGGAUUGAAAUUAAAAUGAGAUUAGCUGUCUUCAUUUCAAUUAGUGUGUCGGGGCAAAUCCACCAGAGGAGUAGAAUACAGUCCACUCUCUAAUCUAACUAAAUAUUUCAAGGGGAAGUUUUCUAAUCAGCCACAGAUAUCUGAAGCCAUAAAUUCUGCCCCCUCCCCCGCCCUUUAUUUUUGCAAAUGUAAACACGAGGUGCUCCUUCCAACCGACACCGCUCCCUAGAGAAAGGGAAGGUAAUGAAAGACUGGGGGUGCUACAAAGGUAAACAGGACCCUAACAAUGACAAAUUCUUCCUCUUCCUUUUUUUUUUUUUUGUUGAAGCAAAGCAAUACUGGGUUAAAUUAUGUUAAAUGAAAAGAUUAAUAAAGCCAGCUCGGAAUUUUGGGGCCAGAAGGAAUGAAAGAAGGAGCUUGCAAAGUUCUUCCCAUUCCAAAAUCCAGGAAUGCUCUCCAAGAAGAUAUGGUCUCCAUCCAACUGUCACUUCUUUCCCUGCCUGUCUUUUCAAAGAUUGUUUUUUUGGAAAACACUAGCAUUUAAUUCCACGUUUAUUGACUGACAGUAAAUUAGUGGCGGGAAAGAGAAUUUAUGGUUUAAUAUUUUAUGCAUACUUCAGAUUUAUGGCUAUAAUUUCUGUGCUGUUUGGUUGUUAGAGGUAUUAAGCAAGGUAUUUAUUCAAAAGAAUAAAUAUCCUGAUUUCUGUUCUCUAUGGUUCCUUUCCUUUCCUUUCCUUUCCUUUCCUUUCCUUUCCUUUCCUUUCCUUUCCUUUCCUUUCCUUUCCUUAAUAUUUUUAAGGCAACGCUUUCUCUGCACUAUGAUUUUCUUUCCUUUUUUCCCCCCUUAUCCUUUUUUGCCCCUCCUUCUUCAGUCCUCUCCCACCUUCCCUCUCCCCCCCCCACAAUCAUACUUACUCUUUUCCCCCCUCUUCUUCUAAACCGUCUUUAUAUUUAGAAUUUCGAGACUUACUUUCAAUGCAUACUUAGUUUCAACUGGGGAAUCAACACAAGCAAAAGCCAUUUUUUCCGUGUCUUGACAUCCAGUUUUCUAUUGGCUCACCGCGGGUCAGCUGACUUUGUCAUUUUGUCUGUCCUGGAGUGGAGCCGUCCCUAUAACAAUCUAGUUCAGACUACAAACUGGAGACAGAAAUAAAUAUUAAAGAAAUCAUACAAGCCAGGUACAGGGGGGAAGAUAUGAAUUCCUAUUUCACAAACCCGUCGCUCUCUUGCCACCUCACCAGUGGUCAAGAGGUCCUGCCCAGCGUGCCGCUCAAUUCCACUGCCUAUGACCCUGUAAGGCAUUUUUCAACUUAUGGAGCAGCGGUCGCUCAAAACAGGAUCUAUUCAUCUCCUUUUUAUUCACCGCAAGAUAAUGUUGUGUUUAGCUCCAGUCGGGGACCAUAUGAUUACGGAUCGAAUGCGUUUUAUCAAGAAAAGGACAUGCUCUCUAGCUGCAGGCAAAAUUCUAUGGGACACAAUACACAAACUUCUAUUGCACAGGAUUUUACAAGUGACCAAAACAGGAGCACGUCCCAGGAACAGAAAGCUAGCAUUCAAAUAUACCCGUGGAUGCAGCGCAUGAACUCCCACAGUGUUUGUUUGGUUUCCGAAUCCCUAGGAGUCGGCUACGGAGCAGAUCGGAGGAGGGGGCGUCAGAUCUACUCGCGCUACCAGACGCUGGAACUGGAGAAGGAGUUCCAUUUUAACCGCUACUUGACGAGGCGGCGGCGGAUUGAGAUCGCCAACGCGCUGUGCCUCACGGAACGCCAGAUCAAGAUCUGGUUCCAAAACCGGAGGAUGAAAUGGAAAAAAGAGAGCAAUCUGACUUCCACUCUCCCCGGGGGAGGUGGGGCUGGAGAAGCCGCCGAGAGCUUGGGCGCAAAGGAAGAGAAAAGAGAAGAAGAGACACAGGAGGAAAAAGCGAAGGAAUGAACGGGGACGGCUCGGCCAAGAAAAUUUUCUUCCCCUCCCCUCCGGUCUCACCCACGAGCAUAUCACAGAGAAGGUUCCCUUCUUUUCCUCCCGCCACCCGACUCCCUCCUGCCUUCCUUUCCCUUCUCAUUACUGCAGGCACAAACGCUACAUUGGGUUAAAUUAAAAAGGGGUGGGUGCGUGGGGGAGAUAGAAAUCCCCUUCCUCCAUCUUCCAGUUUCCAGCGCUCAGGUUCCAGACCCCUGACUCCCAAAUCUCCUUUUAGAGGCUCCUGUCUCCCUUGUUCCUGGCCUCCUUGCCCAGUGACCCGGGUUUUUUUCCUAAAGUACAUACAUACACACAAACACACACACAUAAUCACAUACAGAGAGAGACACACACACAGACACGAGUAAGAGAAACUCCCCCUGCCAUUCCUUCUUCGCCCUCCCUAGACAGAAUCCCGCUUGCCAAAGGAGAAGAGUUCUGUGUUAGGGGGCUGCCUUCGGGUAGUGCUGGGUUCGACCAUGCAGGUCCAAAAGAACUACGGGCAGUUUCACUUUCCUAAUAAAAUAAAAUUAAAAAAAAAAAAGAAGAAGGAAGGAAAGGCGGCUGGUGGCGAUGUGGAUUCGUGGAAAAGAAGCUGGGUUGGGGAAAAAGAAAAAAGAAAACACAUAACACAGUUCACCGACUCACCUAGCCCUAUGAAAAUAACUUCCCUCCAUAUAUCCAUCUCGAAGUCUACGUCCGCCUAAAUAUAGCGCUUUCUUUCCAGAGUAAACUCAUUGUAUUGAAAACACUACCUGAAGUCAUGAUGCAUCCGACAAACUGUGACGGUUCCUGUGUGAAUAUUUUUAGCUGUAUUUGUGGUCUCUUGUAUUUAUAUUUAUGUUUAGCACUGUAAUGGUCAAACGGUAAAGUGAAUGGCAUUCUAUAGCGAGUAGGAGAAAAGCAAACCUUGUGUUAAGCUUCCUAGCAUCAUGUAUAAAAAAAAAAGUCAUGUCCAAAGGACUAUGGUUGAGUAUUUAAUAAAAACUGGAUAUUAUUUUUAAAAAUUA